CUACACGCAAGGGUCAAGAUGCCCGCUACCUCCUUCCAAGAGCUUGGACUCUCAACAUGGUUAAUCGACGCACUGCAAUCCCUCAGCAUCACACGGCCUUCAGCCAUUCAACAAGCCUGUAUCCCAGCCAUCCUCGACGGUCGUGAUUGUAUCGGUGGCGCUCGUACAGGAUCCGGUAAGACAGCUGCUUUUGCACUGCCCAUCCUGCAAGAAUGGUCGCAAGACCCCUUUGGCAUCUUUGCCCUCAUCCUCACGCCAACUCGAGAAUUGGCAAUCCAAAUCUCCGACCAAUUUGCAGCACUGGGUGCGUCAAUGGAUCUCAAGUUUGCGACGGUGGUGGGGGGUUUGGAUAUGCUUGAACAAACGCAAGCACUCUCGAAAAGACCGCAUAUCGUGAUUGCAACACCUGGCAGACUUGCUGAUAUCAUUCGCAGUAAUGGCGAUGAAACGGUCGGUGGAUUGCGGAAAUGCAAGUAUCUUGUUCUCGAUGAAGCAGACCGUCUGCUCAGUCCGAGUUUUGCUGAAGCCUUGGAGGAUUGUCUCUCACUAUUACCCAAGGAUAGACAAACAUUACUCUUCACGGCAACGGUGACGGAUGCGAUUCGUACACUCAGCCAACAGCCUGCAAAAGAUGGUAAACCUGCUCCAUUCUUGCAUGAGGUAGAAGGCGAAGGAAGUCUCUCUGCAGUCCCGGCAACCUUAGAUCAACGCUACCUCUUCAUCCCGACACAAGUCAGAGAAGCCUACCUGCAAGACCUCCUGGCACUCCCACAGAACGAGGGAAAAUCAGCCAUCAUCUUUGUGAAUCGGACGCGCACUGCUGAAUUGCUAAGACGGAUGCUACGUGCGCUUGAACACCGUGUCACGGCACUCCAUUCAGAUAUGGCACAACGCGAUCGGAUCGACUCAUUAGGUCGGUUUCGUGCAGAAGCAGCCAAGAUCCUCAUUGCGACCGAUGUUGCGAGUCGUGGUCUGGAUAUUCCUCAGGUGGAGAUGGUGAUCAAUUACGAUCUACCCAGAGAUCCAGACGACUAUAUCCAUCGUGUAGGUCGAACAGCGAGAGCGGGUCGACAUGGAGAGAGUAUUUCGUUGAUUGGUGAACAUGACGUCGAACUCGUGCAUGCGAUAGAAGAGCGUGUUCGCAGCAAGAUGCAGGCGUAUGAGGGAUGUAAAGAAUCACGCGUCCUUGAAAACUUGUCACAAGUCAGUACGGCGAAGCGAGAGGCACAGUUGGCGUUGACGGAUGAGAAUUUCGGGGAGCGGAAGGAGGAGAGGCGGAAGAAGCAUGGCGUCGUCAAGGCAAGUCGUGGGCCGUAUGAGCGUAAAAUCCGGAGUGCAAAGUAGACGAGCAUACAGGUUUUGUAUUUGACUCUUGACCCCUGAAGCAUACAGUGGAAUUUGAAAUCACCUUGAUGGUUCUGAGGUUGAUAUCAGAUAUGACUGAUUGGAGAAGACUGAGUCUUGGAAGGACAUCGAUCUCUCCAGCACGAGCCAAGCACUCUCCCUGCACACGAGUCAGCAAUUCUGCAGCUGUUCUACU